ACUACAGAGGAAACAAUGAGCUCAACACAGAAGGACCAACAUGGAGCGAGAAGUCAGCGCUCUCAGGAGGCCGACAAACCUCACAGAAGAAAGAGAGAGAAAAAAUACACCUGUGACGAGUGUGGGAUGGGUUUUACUCUGAAGGCUAAUCUAAAACAGCAUCAGGUCAUCCACACUGGAGAGAGACCGUUCAGCUGUGACUUGUGUGGAAAGACUUUUUCCUUGAAGGGUUACCUAAAAAAACACCAGGUCAUCCACAGUGGAGUUAAAGCGUACAGCUGUGAUCAGUGUGGCAGAGCUUUUACUUGCAGUGGCCACUUACACAGGCAUCUAGUUACCCACUCUGGAAUUAAAGCAUACAGCUGUGACAUUUGUGGGAAAACUUUCAGCCGGAUUGAGAGCAGAAAUAUACACCUACGCAUUCACACCGGACAUGAUGUGUACUGCUGUGAACAGUGUGGCAAACAGUUUACAACAGACGCACACUUACAAUACCACAUGUUUACCCACACUGAGGAGAGACCUUAUAAAUGUGCCCUGUGUGAGAAGACUUUUAAAUCUCCACAUUGCCUGAGACUACACCAAAAGAUCCACACCAGAAAGAGACUCUACAAGUGCAGUUACUGUGAGAAGCAGAGCGACGCAGAUGGAUCCAGUUCUCAACCCUGUCAUCACUGUGGUGGUGGGAAAGUAUUUCACUGUGACCUUUGUGGAAAAACUUUCAAUCAGCAAAAGAACCUAAAACUACAUCAACGUAAACACACUGGAGACAAACUGAAAUACUGCAAAGAAUGUGGGAGAAGCUUCCCCACAUCAAGUAGAUUAAAACAACAUGAACUAAUUCACAGUGGGGUUAAAAAGCACGUCUGUGAUCAGUGUGGGUCAUCUUUCAUUACUGCAGGUCACCUUAAAACACACAAACGAGUCCACACAGGAGAGAAACCAUACAAGUGCAGACACUGUGACAGAAGCUUCUCACAAUCAUAUGGUCGUAGUCUUCAUGAACGUACACACAUGGAAGGAAACUACAGCUGUGUCCAGUGUGACAAGAGCUUCAGGAAUCUCAGCUCAUACUCCAAACACAAACGAUCCCACGUUACUAAUAAACUGUUUCACUGUUACCAAUGUGCCAAAACAUUCACUUCAUUAUCUGCUCUGUGCAAACAUCAGCGUGAUCACUCAGGGCUGGAAUCACUCCCAUCACAGUGAAUCUGAAGAGACAGAAAGAUCCUCUUCUGGUUUCAGGGUCAGACUCAAAACCCUUGAGAUCAGGCUCCACAGAGUUCAGAUUGAAUCUCCUGUAAAGAUCUGAUGAGGCAACUAUGAAUGAAAAUGGUUCUCUAGUGUCAUUUUAAGCUUUCUAAACUGUUCUGCUUCAGUGUUCAUGUCGAGUGGUUCGCUUUGUUCCAGCAGUUGGAUGAAGAAGUUUGAGCUGUGAUUUCAUUUCCUGUAUUUCAGAGUAAAGACUGAAGUGACAAAUGGAAACAUGUUUACAGUCAGAGUCAGAUGAACUGUUUUUAGUGGCACAGAUGGAGGUUUAUCAGAGGAGGAGACUUGGCUGUUCUCCACUCACACUGAACAGGGUUCCUGCAGCUUAUUAAAAAUCUGACCUGAAAGUUAUUAAAAAUUUCCUUGCAACACUGAGUUACAGAAGGGGGACUGCUCCGUAUUCCAGUUCAAUAACACAUCUCCUGACAUUAAACAUAAGCUUAUUUAAUAACGUGGAUCUCUUUUUGUCCAGAUUUUUAUUCAGAGGCAGCAACCGUGGUAAGAAUUGACCCGGAUCUUUACAGAUCUUAUAGUUUAGUAUCAAGUUCUUUUUUUUUUUUUUGUUGAUGCAGAGCCAGAAUUUAGAUAUGUUUAUACAAUCCCAUAGAAGAUGCAUGUAAGUGUCAUCUGCUUUUUUAUAUUUGAGAAAAAAUGUUGAAACAUCUUUAAAAUCUUUUAUUUUUUCUUAAACUUGCUGUAGGUAUUAAAACUUAUUGUUUUGUGUUUAACAUGUCGAAACAAUUAAUUUGGGGAAUUCAUUUUCUAAAGUUGUUGUUUCAUUUGCUCAGAGUUCAUUAACGUUUUCCUCAUACAAGGUGGGAUGGAUCCAUGCUUUUAUGCUGUUUAAGACAAAUUCUGAAAGCUGAACGUUGCAGAGAUUGAGACCCAUUAGACCAGGCAGCAUUUUUCAAUCUUCUAUUGUCCUGAGCUGUGGCCUCAGUUUCACUAGAAGUUGAACCCAAGUACGGUCUUCAGCUGUGGACUGGUCCAUGGGCCCACCUGUCCUCCAGGAACACAGGUACACAUCCUGGACAGGGAGGAACGCUGGUUUGAGACCAGAGUCAAGGAGGCCAUUUACGUGAAAAGGGAAAGCCUCUGGCUGUGUCCGAAUUCAGUGGAAGGAUGCUCAUAAGGACACUACCUACCUACGUCACAAGGUAGUGUCCUUAGACGGACGGGUAGUAUUGGGAUUAGAGAAAUUAUUUCACUGCUAUUGUUCAUAUUACCAUGGCAUUAAUCACAUAAUCUCCAAGUAGGGAUAGUGCAUUUAGAUGUUCAAAUAUACUGGUAUCAUAUUAAGCUUUUAUUACAGGUCCAGUAAGAACCACUUUAAACUGUUGAGUUGAAUCUAUAAUUCCAAAUGCUUUUCAAUGCUCCUAUAAUCUUAAAUGUUUCUGUGCAGACUGCAGGGACAGGAAAUAUACUCUGUGUAAAAGGAGACAGGAAACGCCAUGCUUUGCACAAGUGAAACUGAAAGCAGAGUCAGAUUGUAAGGUGUUUUGAGCAGGCUGUUUUAUUGUGCAUUAAUAUCUCUGAUUAAGCUUGGAUUAAGCUUUAA